GGGACAACGGCGUACUGAUAUGGACUAUAUCGAGCAUGAGUUCAGUUGACGAAAUGUAUUACGAACGUUAUGAGGACGGCGGAGUAAUUUAAUGCGCGCUAAAAUAACUGCAAGGGCUAUAAAUUCCAUUUGAAAUCGAAUAAAAAAAAUCCGAAAUUUUAUAGUGACAGAAAAAAAACUCCGAAAGUGUAGAAAGUAAUAUUCCCUUCCCAUUGAUGAGUGUGUGAAAUCGAAGAAAUAAUUAUUUUUUUUGCAAGUGAUUGAUCAAAAAAUUAAGUGAAAAUGCUGAGUACCUUCAGUUCAGUGACACCGUUUUUGAAAUUCAACCCCAAACGGGUGACAAUCGAUAAUUUUGUUUUCAAAUUACAUUACCGUUGGACAUUUAUUAUAUUAAUAGUUGCCACAAUAUUGGUAUGCUCUCGCCAGUACAUUGGUGAGCACAUCAAGUGUAUAUCGGAUACCAUACCCUCCCAUGUGGUCAACACCUAUUGCUUUUUUACACCAACAUUUACUUUGGUACGACAUUUAAAUAAUAGCGCCUUGGCAGCGGGAGCCAUCUUCCAGCCCGGCAUUGGACCCUAUGAGACACAAGAGGAACCCAUAAAACGCCAUGCCUACUAUCAAUGGGUACCUUUUGUGUUAUUUGGCCAGGCAUUGUUCUUCUAUAUCCCACAUGCCCUAUGGAAGUCAUGGGAAGGUGGUCGCAUCAAGGCUCUCGUCUUCGGUUUGCGCAUGGUUGGUCUUUCGAAAUAUUUGAAGAACAAAAGCAUGCAAAUUGGCAAAUUGAAUAUUCCAUCGGAAGAGGAGACGGAAAUGCGUGUCAAAGAUAUACGCCGCACAAUGAUCGAUCGCAUGCGACUGAAUCAAUCGUGGGGUGCACAUUUGGUGUUCACGGAAAUUCUCAACCUCUUGAAUUUGAUUUUACAAAUCUAUUGGACGAAUUUAUUUUUGGGUGGUGCUUUCCUGUCGCUGGGACCCAAAGUGUGGAACGAACGUUGGAACAAUCAAAUGGAUGCCUUGGAUGUGGUAUUUCCCAAAGUGACCAAAUGUCAUUUCCAUAAAUAUGGUCCCAGUGGUUCGCUGCAAAUGCACGAUACGCUGUGUGUGAUGGCCCUGAAUAUUAUCAACGAGAAGAUUUAUACGAUUUUGUGGUUUUGGUAUGCUUUCGUUUUUGCCGCCACCGUUUUGGGGCUGAUUUGGCGAGUUUUUACAUUGUUCUUUUACAAGAGCACCAGAUUCACCCGUUACUGCCUCUACUGGGCCAAACCGGGUCGCCUCGAUGACAAGGAAAUCUCACUGGUUGUGCGCAAAUGUAACUUCUCCAAUUGGAUGUUUUUGUUCUUUUUGCGUAAAAACCUCUCGGAAUUCCUCUUCAACAAGGUUAUAACACAUUUGGCCAGCGAAUUUCCUGACGAACAGCAGGAAAAUAACUUCAAUGCCGCCAUCGAUCCAAGCCACACACAAACAAUGCGCAUCGAUGAGGUUGACAGACCGUUGAUUGUCAAGCCAAGUGGAAGUAAAAUAGAUUAAGACAAUUGAUUUUUUUUUCAUUUUUUUCUUGGAAAAUGCAAAUUGUUUUUUAAAACAUAUUUUAAGUACGAAUAUUAUGUAGUUAAGUUUUAUUAUUAUUAUUAUUAAUUGUCGGUUUUUUAUAGUCUUGCCAAAGAAAAAUAUACAUAAUUAAAAAUGUU